AUGUCUUACCUAUCACUUGGCCUUAACCUGCAUGUCCGAUUUGGAAUGGAUCCUUGGUUUGUCAUGAAGAGAGCUGUAGCACAUCACAACGCAACAGUCUCAUGUGGAUCAAUGGACAACCCACAACAGACUGCCUAUGAAUUGUUCCUCAUCAACCUUUGCAAAAGUCCAAAAUUGAUCACAUGGAAUUCGACUUCAACCCUUCAGUCUGAAGUCUCAGAAGAAAUGUCAACCAAAUCUUCCCCUCGUGUUUCGCCACCCACUCAAAGAAAGCGUCCCGUUCGUCGACAAAGACUUCCAAAAAUUUGCAUCUCGGAUGAAGAUUGCAAUUUGGGUAUGGCUUUGGUCACAAAAGUUGAUCUUAAUUCGACUUCACUCAACCCAACGACUUCUUUUAUCCCGCUCACUGAGGAGCAAUCUGAAAACUUUCAUAUCUUCAAUGACUUACUCGCCGAGCACAAUGUUUCAAUAAUCUCGUCCCCUUCAGUUUCUACCUCCAAUCUUCCCUCAAUCAUCUCAAACUCAUCUCGAGGAACGAAGAGACCACUCCCAAAAUCACAACCUUUUGGUGCACCAGUUUCAAAGAAAUCGAAAGCAACACUUCAUUGGACUGAAAUCUUGGAUGAUCUCAUGACAGCGUCUGAUUGGGAAGAAGCCGAGGCAGAGUUACAGCAAGAAAACAAACCAAUAUCUACUACGAGCUCACUCAAUGAAACCCUUUCUUUCAUCCCGCUCACUGAAGACGAAUCUGAAAACUUCCAUAUCUUCAAUGACUUACUUGCUGAACACACCGCAUCUGCAAUCUCAACCUCUUCAGUUUCAACCUCCAAACCAACCCCGAUCACUCUUAACCCACAACAGACUUUGAAGUCUUCCGCUUCCACACUGGCUACUACCACAUCCUCAUCAUCCCUCAACACGACAACUUCUUCGAAUUCAAACUCUUCAAAACCUAGCUCAAAGGUAUUCAGAGAUAACGAAAGACAACUUCAUUGGUCUGAAAUCUUAGAUAGUCUUAUGACAGAUGAAGAUCGUAUAGACGCAGAAGAAUCUUUCACUAUUCCUCUUCCUCUCUGUGAAGAAAGCGCCCCGGAGUUUGUUAGCGUUGAUGAGACUUAUUCUCUCCCAUCUACACCCUCUUCAAAUAUUCCUUCAUCUUAUUCGAGCGCUCAGAAUACUCAUUCUUUACCGACACCGAUAGAAGAACUCAAAGAUCCGUUCGGUUUAAUUCUUUCUCAAAACUCUUGUUGUUACGCAGAUAUGAGUUUUGAGCUUGUUAAAUCUUCUCUUGAACAAAACGAUUAUUUUUCAAAAGAUCUUAGUUUCAAUAUUGAAAAAUCUUUCUUAGAACUUGACUUCGAUUUUGAAAACUCUUUUUGUUAA